GUAUGCGAGAAUCAAGAUGACCGAAAAAAGCCUGGCAACCCUGGUGUGAGUUACACGCGAAAUAAGUUGGACUUUGCAUCUCUGCAGUAUGUUGAUUGCAUAGCCAAGGUUAAAAAGACAAAAAUUUAAUGAAUAACACAAAGAAAUUGCAACGACUUUUCAGAUCAUUCCUCAAAGAGUUAAGACAAAUUGAGUUGAAGCAACAUGAAAAGAAAAAUUUGGUUUGGCAAUCUUCUCCUAUGUAUAAGUAUGUGAAGGACAAGUUUGUAUUUCCUGCAUCACUGAACAAUACUUUGUUUUUGGAGCAAUACACAUUAUUGCUUAAUGCAAUUAAGGUUUCCCAGGAAAUUAGUGCAAUGUAUAAAGGAACUGGUGAACGAACAAUUGAACAAUCUGCAAAUUUAGUUGGACUAAAAUUACCAAAACUAUAUGUAGAUCCGAUUAAAACUAGUUAAAUUCCUCUGUUUUUCAA